GAUCAUAACCAGCUGCUGGUGAGAGAGAGGGAGACAGAAACACGGAGUGGCUGCGGCUCUGAACGCACCACACGUCCAGAGUGAACGGGAGGACCGCUGCUCGUCUCACCCGAGGAUAUUAUUACAGAACCGCCUCAGAGCCUGCCUGUGGGAUWCUGGCUCCAUCCUGUCACUUUGACCGUUUUUAUUCCAUCCUUUUUUAUCACCAUUUCCCCAUCUUUUCUCCUCUCUUCACAGUUCAGCAUCCUCUCCUACUCUUAACUUUUUUUUUUAUUAUUAUUAUUUCACCCGACUCCAUCCCCACACCCCCGACUCCAUCGCUCCGUCUCUUCGCCAGUUUUCCCGCAGCCGCGUCCCCUUUGGAUCGGUCCGGAACACAGUUUUGGCCACUUCCACCCGGGGCGCGCUGCUCCAUGGGGCGCACGGUCUCGCUCGGAAAAUGUUCCGCCGUCGGCGUCCAGGCGCCCCGCUGAGCCCGCCGGGAUCGCUGGAGCCGUCUGCGCGCGCCUCUUGCCCACGUCGCGGCCACUGAGCGGAGGAGAUGCGUCGGUCCGUGGCGGCGCGGGCGCCGCUCGAGGAGCGCCGAGCGCUGCGCCGCUGGGGCGGGACGGCGGGAGGCUGGCUCAGGAUCACGCUGGUCUCGUUCCUCGCCACUUUACCUGUGGAGCAGCUGCGCGCCUUCCCGUCCUCCCUCAGCGACUGCCAGACGCCGACCGGCUGGAACUGCUCCGGUUUUGAUGACCGGGACACAGACCUGUUCCUGUGCGACACCAACACUUGCAAGUUUGAUGGGGAGUGCCUAAGAAUUGGGAACAUGGUGACGUGUAUCUGUGACUUUAAGUGCAACAAUGACUAUGCCCCAGUGUGUGGCUCCAACAAUAAGAACUAUCAGAACGAGUGUUUCCUCCGCAGAGAUGCCUGCAAGCAGCAGUCUGAAGUCCUCAUUAUGUCAGAAGGACACUGUCCUGCUGAUGCUGGCUCGGGAUCAGGAGACGAUGGAGGAGAAGGUUCAGCGGAGACCGGGCAGAAGGAGACGUCCACCUGCGACAUUUGCCAGUUUGGAGCAGAGUGCGAUGUGGAUGCAGAAGAUGUUUGGUGCGUUUGCAACAUCGACUGUUCCCACAUCAGCUUCAACCCGGUGUGUGCCUCAGACGGUCGCUCGUACGACAACCCGUGCCAGGUGAAGGAGGCGUCCUGUCAGAAGCAGGAGCGCAUCGAAGUCAAGUACCUGGGCCACUGCCAAGGUGACAUCAAAACUGGGAACAAAGGCGAUGGACACUUGCCACAUACUGACCACACGGGUGUGGAAAUAGAAGAUUCGAGUAAUGGAAUGGCCAGUGGCUUGUCCAUCCCAUGUCCAGGUGACUACAAAAACUACUGCAUCCAUGGAGACUGUCAGUUCCCCAACAUGGUGGCCCAGCCCUCCUGCAGCUGUCACUCAGGCUUCAGAGGCCCUCGAUGUGACAUCAAAGAGUACAACGUGCUCUAUGUGGUGCCAGGCUCUGGAAAACUGCACUAUGUCCUCAUCGCCUCAAUCAUCGGAGCCCUCCAGGUGGUCAUCAUCUGUGUGGUGGUGCUCUGCAUUACCAGGAAGUGCCCUCGGACCAACAGGAUCAACCGGCAGAAGCAGAACAAUGUCCACUUCAGUUCGGAGAACACCAUGCGCGCCUCCACUCGACUUAUCUGAGCCCAGACACGCCGGACAGAGCUGCCCCCCCUCCUCACGCUCCGGAGCGCUCUGGCGUUAGAUGUUUCCUUCGUAGGCCAACCGUGACAGUUAGCAUCUGCCUUCCUCCACUCUUCUCCCUCUCUCUCUCUCUCUCUCUCUCUCUCUCUCUCUCUCUCCCGCCAUGAAAUGUGUGAAAACGCCCACAGAGGGCGUCGGCGUUGCAAAGACUGAGCUGGCACGGGCGGCAAGUGGUGGGACUUGCAGGUUGGGAUGAUGCGGUCAUGAGUCGCCGCCGCCGCCGCCGCCGCUGACCUCUGACCUUCCAGCUGCCGGACGAGUCUCCUUGCACCUUUUUUUGUUUGUUUGUUUUGUUCUGAGGUUUUUACUCUGAGAGACUUUCAAGGGAGAAGGGGGAGAGUGUGUUUAGGACACUGAAUGUGAGUGUGUGUGAGUGUCUAUUAGAUGUGUGCGUUUCGGUGGAGGCGGACUAGCCGGCCUCUGUUCUUUGUAGAUGAGGGGUCCAAGCAAACCGGGGUAGUGCAAAGCAGGGUAACGGGCUUUAACUGCAGUGUGUGUUCAGUCUGGGGA